AAGACCGGACCUGCUCUAUACACCUGGACCUGUGGCACAUGUGGAACCUGCUGCUGCUUCUUUGUGGAAUAUCUCACGCAUUUUCUUUCUAAACAAACAGCUAGUCAAGAAUUACAUGGAUGUUUCAAAACUUCUGGAGAUUUUGGUUCUGACUCUGGCUCUGUUAGACCCGAUUCAGUGCCACAGCAGAAAGAGGAAAGGUCAGAGAGAUGACAACCAGGCUGCCCAGUACAAGACCAAACCCCUCAUCUGCCCGUUGGAGAUCAUGUUCAUAGUUGACGGUUCUGAGAAAGCCAAAUCCCUGCUGUUUGACCAACAGAAGGAGUUUAUUCUGCGAUUUAGCACCAGGCUAACACAGCUCAGCUCAGCUGGUUGGCGUCUACGACUGCGCUUGGCAGCAUUACAGUACAGCAACAAAAUCUCUCUGGAGCACAACUUCAGAGACUGGCAGGAUUUGGACGUCUUCCAGAGUCGGGUGGCCUCCAUGGAUUUCAUCGGUCAUGGCACCUACUCAGCCUAUGCCAUCACCAAUGCAACCAAGCUGUUCAGGGAGGAGACAUCCUCCAGCAGCCUGCGGGUGGCGCUGCUAAUGACGGACGGAGUGGACCACCCACGAAGCCCGAGUGCUGUGGAAGCAGCUGAAGAGGCCAAACUGCACAACAUCAGGGUGUUCACCAUCAGGCUGUCAGGACCACACAGACAGGGCGCCAUGGGGAGCAUGUUGCGAUCCAUUGCCAGUGCACCCCCACAGCAGCAUGUCCUCAGUCUCACCGACACCAAGCUGGAUGAGAGACUCUUCUCUGAACUGAGUACCAUUGUGACGACUGGGUGCCCACAACCAAAGACCUGCAUCUGUGAGAAAGGAGAAACAGGUCACCCAGGGGUUCUGGGAAAACCAGGUGAACCAGGGUCAGUAGGAGUGCCUGGCCCAAAGGGAUCUUCUGGAGAACAUGGUCUCAAUGGACGUCCAGGACCGGAAGGCCUUCGGGGCCAACCUGGAAACAAAGGAGAAAAGGGAGAAAAAGGAGAACGUGGAGCUCCUGGUACAAAAGGAGGAACGGGGCUGGAUGGACCUCCUGGACCUGCAGGCUCCAGUGGAGAUCAGGGAACCAGGGGGAAAGCUGGAGACCUGGGUCCAGAGGGUCCUCCUGGACCUAAGGGUGAGCGUGGACUAAGGGGUGCACCCGGACCUCCAGGAGAAACCGGUGUUGGAUUCCCUGGUCUCAAGGGUGAGAAAGGAAACCAAGGGAGACUAGGUCCACCUGGACUAAUGGGCAUCGGUGAGCCAGGAAUGCCGGGUCCAGCAGGGCCUUCAGGGUUACAGGGGUCUCCUGGAUUUCCUGGUGAGGGAGUACCAGGGCCUAAGGGGGACAGGGGGUACGAGGGUCCCAAGGGCAACCGUGGACCUCCAGGACUUAGGUCCAAAGGUGAAAAGGGAAACAUGGGUCUGCCAGGUCUGCCUGGUUUAGUUGGGUUUCCAGGUGAAGGCAUCCAAGGAGAAAAGGGCGAGCAAGGACCUGUUGGCCCUUCUGGUCCUAGAGGACCUCCAGGACUGGGAACAAUUGGAUCAAAGGGUGACCAAGGUUUCCCCGGAGAGCAUGGUCUACAAGGAGAGAGGGGCACAGGUGAACCAGGACCAAAGGGGGAGGCAGGAUCUGAUGGACCUGCUGGGAUACCUGGUAUUCCUGGAGAAGAUGGAAGUGUUGGGCCGAAGGGCGAGAUGGGUUUGCCCGGCCUGAGAGGUCUGGAGGGACCGCCGGGAAGAGGCACACCGGGAGAAAAGGGAGACAGAGGUGACCGAGGCUCAAGGGGGCUGUCAGGUUCUCCAGGCCCAGUUGGACCUGCUGGAGCAAAGGGAGAGCCUGGCAGCUUGGGAAUGAUGGGCCUACCUGGACCUGCUGGGCGGGGGUAUCCGGGACCAAAGGGAGAGACUGGGCUUGUGGGACCACCUGGACCAGUUGGAGAGCCUGGAGUGGAAAUCAUUGGGCCUAAGGGAAAUAAAGGAAGUUCUGGUCCAACCGGGCCACCAGGAACUAAAGGAGACAGCUUUCCAGGACCCCCGGGGCCACCUGGUCUACCUGGAGUGCAAGGAGAACCUGGACGUGAAGGGAAAGGACUACCUGGGACCAACGGUGACAGAGGUUUACCUGGAGUCCCAGGACUUUCAGGUCCUCCUGGAAUUGGACUCUAUGGACCAAAGGGUUCUACUGGUCAACCUGGCCCAUCUGGCCUGCCAGGGACUCCAGGAGAUGGUAUUCCAGGACCAAAGGGAGAGCCUGGAUAUCAGGGUCCAGUGGGCCCCAGAGGUGCACCAGGGGAUGGUCUUCCAGGGCAGAAGGGAGACCGAGGAAAUCCUGGAGACAGAGGAAAGAAAGGAGACAUGGGGGACUAUGGAGCGCCUGGCUUACCUGGACCAAUGGGAAGACCUGGAGAAAAGGGAGAACCAGGACUGACGAAAGAAGAGGUCAUUCAAAUAAUAAAGGAAAACUGUGGCUUGGAGAACGAUGCGCUGAAGCAGACCUGCGAUCAAGAGGACUCUCUUUCCUUUUUACCCAACUCCGUAAUUCCAUCCGUGGAAACUCAUCCUGGUUCUCCAGAAGACCAGCCGUCUAGACAAGUCCCAAAUGUGGAAAGCAAACAGGUGAAAACCACACCAGUCCAACUUCCGCAGCCGCCUGUGACUCCUCCUCCCUUCACCUCAUCUCCACCGCUGUCCUCGUUCUCAGACGAGGGAUGCAGCCAGCCUCUGGACCCCGGCCCGUGUCGAGAGUACGUCAUCAGGUGGUACUAUGACCCACAGGCCAACGCCUGUGCCCAGUUUUGGUACGGAGGCUGCCACGGCAACACAAACAACUUUGAGACUGAAUUCAGCUGCUGGAGCAGUUGCGUCUAUACGUAGCACACCAUUGCAUGUUGCGCCAGCGUUUGCUGUCUUUUUGCUUUAGAGCCAUUAAAUUCAACUCUGGCUCAAGGAGGCUCGUGGUGCUGGAUUCAAUAAAACAGGAAGUGACUUUAUGGAGAUUCAGUCCAAAUUCGAUCCAAGUCACUCCGCUUUAGUGGGAUUUCAUUGUUCCACCUACAGAUCUUGUUUCACAUUAACUUAAUUAAAAAUAUCAGACUUCGGGGGGGGGGAUUACUGACAGCUUUCAAUAUGGGAAAAAGGAGAAAACCAAAUCUGUGAAAAAUGUGUUAAUCUUAACAGGGCUUCAAUUCAAAGUGACGUCACAAUUAGAGACUUUUUGCAUGAGGUUCAUAAAUAAUGAAAGGCAGAAAGCCAGUGGACAGUUUUAUUUACCUUUGGAGUGUCCAUAGAGGCAGUAGAGACCCACUUAACAGCAAAAAAGAAUGCAAAAUACACGUUUUGCUUAAUAUUUAGGUUCAGCAACAAAACUUGGCUAAGUUUCUGUUGUCUGUAUAUUUAUCUGUCUGUCUCCAGUACUUGAAGACAAUCAUCCUGCUCCAGCACACCUGACUCAAAUGGUUUCAUCACCAUGUUGACUUCUGAAGAAGCCUUUUAAUUACUCCUUCGUUUAAUUCAUGUGUGUUGGAGCAGGAACUAGCUGGAUUUGCUGGAUGGUGGCCCCAGAGGACUAGAGAGAGUGGCCCCUGCAUAAUAAUAAUAAUAAUCAGCAAACCCCCUACAUAAAUCUGCAUCAGUUAAAAACAAAUCUGCACCAAGCGUCCACUAGCUAUGCUCAAACAGCUGACUGCACUCACUGCCCCAAAGGUUUAGGAUUUAUUUAGCAAUUCAUUUUAGAUUAAUGAUAUUUCAGGAUGUCUUCUUGUGUAAAUCUUUAUUUAGGACCCUGUAGAUGAGUAGAAGACAAAACUGUUAGUGAUGUACUUGUUUUCCUGCAUCUGUCAGCAUCCAUUGUUAUGAAUGUUGUAUAAAGAAGGCGAACAAUUUUGGUGUAAAAUAAAUUUUUAUUGUUUAACACUGUACGUACCUGAAGGAAUAACAUAGAAAUGAACAGAACAACAACUUUUAAAUAAAUAAACCAUUUUGUUAAA